AUGAUAAUGUUAGUAAAGCCAGAAAAAGAAAAAGGGUGGACUAGGCCGCCGCCGCCCGCGAUGGGUCCGCUGUGGCCGCUGCUGCUGGCGGCGCUUGGCUGCGCCGCCGUGCUGGCCAACCCGGACGCCAAGCGCCUGUACGAGGACCUGCUGAGCAACUACAACCGCCUCAUCCGGCCCGUGGGGAACAACUCGGACCGCCUCACCGUCAAGAUGGGGCUGCGCCUGUCGCAGCUCAUCGACGUCUUAAAUGUACCCUGUGGCAUUCAGAAUUCAGAAAUGACAUUCACAACAUUGGAUGAAACUGCAACCCUCAGUUUGUUGGGACAUCAGCCGUCACUGCCCAAAGAGAAUUGUACUCCACAGCAAAUUCAUAUGUAA